CACACUCACACACACACACACACACACACACUCACACACACACACACACACACACACACACACUCACACACACACACACACUCACACACACACACACUCACACACACACACACUCACACACACCUGUUGCUGCGGAGGAUUCCCCCCGUCAUGCUCGUCUGCGUCCCUGUUGUCUGAGGAGGGAACCUGCCCGUCGCUCUCUGGACGAGCGAGAUGUCGUCCUACUAUCCGCGCACCAAGGACCUGACCCGCACCCGGAGGUCACUGACAGAGUCGCCCCCGGCCUCCCCAACCGCCACCGACAAAAACUACAGACACGAAAGACUGUCGAGGUACGACUCCAGUGGCGAGAGUGUGACGGACAGGCCGCUGGGCCGCACCGGCUCGUAUCCACGGAGAGACGCGAGACUGGCCUCGCUGAGCAAACCCGAACAAGAGUCCACCGCCAAAGACUACAAGAAGAUGUACGCGGAGGCUCUGCACGAGAACGAGCGGCUCAAGUCCAGGCUGCACGACAGCAAACUGGAGCUGGUGAAGAUCCGUUCGCAGCUGGAGAAAGUCACUCAGAGGCACGAGAGGAUGUCAGAGAAGACCACCGUACUUGAGUCGGAGAAAAGGGAAAAACACGCUCUUGAGAAAAAAGUGUCAGACAUGGAGGAGGAGAUAAAGACUCUCCCGGCUCUGGCUCAGCUCCGGACCCUGCGGCGGGUCAACGAGUGUCUCCUGGCCGAGAACAGAGCCAUGCUGCGUGUCCUCGCCCGCCUCUCGGAGACGGCCUCCAUGCCGGAGACAGAGGACCUCUGACCCCUCCCCCCCCGCCGACAUCACCUGUCCUCCUUUCCCCCCUCGCUCUCCUUUACCUCAGCCACUACUCCUCUGUCCUGCUGGUGCGUCCUCUGUUCCUCUCAGAUCUUAACAGAGCUCAAGUCCGACAACCAGCGGCUAAAGGACGAGAACGGGGCGCUGAUCCGAGUCAUCAGCAAACUGUCCAAAUGAAAAGAAAUGAAACUGAAGCUCCCGUUCUCCGACUGUCGGACACGAUGGUUGAUUAUCCACAGGUUGUGACUCGUCGCUGACAAAUGGUGAAGAAAUAAAUCCCCACUGGUGAAGAUCUGAAAGACACAUUUCACAGUGUAUGAUGCAUUAUUUGUACUUGAUUAUUUUUAAUAUACAGUAUUUCACAUCAUGAACUAAACGGGGACCAGCUGUUCUGUUGGGACGACAUUCAAAGGCCCGGUUGGAACAGAACGCAGAUGUUUUUGCAUGAAGGUUCUGCAGCCUCACGUCACGUUUGUCGCUUCAUCAAGCACCGCGCAAAAGCCGUCGUCUUAUUCGUGAGCGGAGAGAGAAACCAACCGUGUCAGCGAUCAUUAGUGUCUCGCUGCCGUGGCAGAAAAAGAAAAAAGAAGUGGAUCAGUGUCACAUUAAAACGUGAAAAGUUCAUCGUUAUAACGACAGGUUUCCAAGUUAUUGCGACAUAAAAAGUAGAAAACCUUCCUUGUUAUAACCAUAUUCUAUUCAUUGGGUUAUAUAUACAUUGAAUGUGUCACAUGAUAACCUGACAAUUUAUAUUGUUAUAAUGUGAAACAUUAAAUAUUAUAUAUAUAUAUUUACUAUAUCAUCAUCUUUGGUUAAGUUUGGAACACGGUGAGAUUCUGCAGUUAUUGAUCUCGGUGGAUGAUAAUGUGCCAGUUUACUGUUUCAUGUGAUACUGAUCUGAUUUUAUUUUAAUUUUUUUUCUUGUGGCAGCAAUUCACUGUAUCAUUCAUGUGGAUGAAGUCAUGGAGGAAAAGUAUGGCUGAAGCAUUAAAGGCUGCAGUUUGGCAUGGAAGAGAAUGAAAAAUCUGAAUAUAAUUUCAAUCAGAAUAUUUGACCUAACAGGUCAAACAAGCUCUGUUCUAUCAUCUCUGAGAAAAUACAUCAGAAAUACAGUGGCUGACUAAAAAUAAAAGGCUCCAUAAAGAUUAAGGUCCAUUAGAAAUCUCUCACAUACUGAAGUAGAACGGUGAACGUUCUGACCACUCACGACUCGUUAGAUCAUGUUCUAUAAGAUGUUUUCAAGAUUUAUUAAGAGUUGGUCUUUAAUCACCAGCAGCACAGUUUGACCAUCUGAUUAAUUCACUUUCUCUCAUGUAAUCGAUUGUUUUUCCAGAUUCUGUGCCGCAGUUAUUCGUGGUUUCAGCUUCUGCGCUUCACUUCUUGUUUUGCACGUUCUUCUUCUUUUCUUUCAUCCUUGAAAACAGCAGAGUGGCUUCACGGAAGAAAACAGGACAGACAACAAUGUACGACAUUAUGUUUUGUAAUAGAGAUAUAUUUAUUUAUUUAUGCCUUUUCUUAGUCGUUAACUCUAUUAUUUCUGUCAAAAGGAAUUCACCACUCAUUUAGCUCGACACUGUGUGAAGUGAUAAAAAACACAAAUCAGCCAUAAAUCACUGCGGACAGUUUAGCCUCCACGAUAUUGUGUAAUAUGAAAUAUAUCAAUCACAAUCUAAAAUUUUAGGAAUUAUGUGGCGACGAUUACUCACAUUUUUAACUGUGUUGCGUAUAUGAUGUCGGGACAAAAAGUUAAACUAGUAACUCAGUUUAUUAGGUACACCUCCAACACAUCAACCUUGCUUUAAUCACAACUUUUGUGAAGUAUAUUUACUGGUAUUGCAUUUUAUUGAAGUGUAAUUUGAUAAUUAAAAAAAUGAAUUAAUAACAAUAAUCAUCAUACUGUUCUGUUGCUCCUCAUGGAGCCAUCUCACCAUCACCUCCACUGUAUUCUAAAGGUGGAGGGGCGACAGAUGACGUCGAGGCCUUUUUCAAAAGUGUGUUGUUCUUUUUUUUUAUGUAUCACAUCAUCGUGUAUAAAACUGCCGGACUUCAGCUUCACGUCACUUUCAGCAGUGGAAUCACCGACAUGAAGGAUUCCAGUGUCUGAUUUGUUCCUGUCGUCCGACCGCAGAGACGCCGGGUUUGUCUUUGUUCACGUCCAGUGAACUCAUUCACUGCCAAGCUCUUUCUACGUGUGCUGAGUAUUGUACUGAGAGGUUUUGAUGAUAUUUAAACGUGCACACAUUGGUUUUCUCACUAAAUAAACUGUAAAAGAAAAAGGGAUGAAAGUGUUUCUCUGUAUCAAACACACACGAGUCAUGGUAAUUAAAAGGCCUUUAUUUCC